AUGAAUUACGGCGAGUCGGCGACACCAUUGUUAAAUGAGCCUUGGCCCGGUGUGCGUACGGUGUGCAUUGGCCAUUCCACGACACCAGCUCAUACCUGCAAGGUACGAACGAAUCUUACAACCAAUCAGCUUCACAACCGCCAGGCUCAGCCAGGAUUAGGUGCCAUUGGAGCCAGGAAGGUCACGCAUCAUAAGGCAGGGCGUGGAAGAGACCGACAGACCGACAGAGUUGUGUUAGAGACAGAUAAGGGCCAGAAAAACACCCGCGGCCACGGCAUCGUGGAGGCCUGA